AUGAAGUUCGGCGAACAGCUCCGCUCCAGUCGGAUCAAGGAGUACGAAUGGUACUACAUCGACUAUGAAGAUUUGAAGAACCAACUCAAGUCCGCCUCUGGCCCUCCCAUUGACGAACCCUCGACCAAUUCGAAGAAAGAGCCUAAGAGGCCCAAGAAGCAAUGGACCGACGACGACGAGGCCAGGUUCCUGGGAGAGCUUGACAAGCAGCUCGAGAAGGUCUUCAACAUAGAGCGAGUCAAGAACUCCGAGGUGCAACGAGUCAUCCAAACAGAAGAGACGGAAAUCAAUAAUAUUGUCCGAAGAAUGGAUGCCAGGCAACGAAGGGAGGACGAGCAGGAACCCACCGAGGAGGAGUUUAUUCAAAAGGAGGAGGCAUUGAGCAUGAUCAUAGCCGAGGUUCAUGAUCUUUCCAAGUUUGUCCAGUUGAACUACACGGGUUUCACCAAGAUCAUCAAGAAGCACGAUAAAGUAACCCGCUGGCAGCUCAAGCCCGUCUGGGUUACUCAUAUGAAGUCAAAACCCUUCUACAAGGAGGACUACGAUGCCGAGAUAGCCAAAUUGUCCAAGCUUUACAACCUCGUAAAAACGCGCGGGAAUCCAGCUACGGGAGACAGCGCUGCGGGCGGAAGUCAGGGCAGCUUCGUUCGUCAAACAACCAAAUACUGGGUGCAUCCGGAUAAUGUUACCGAGCUCAAGCUGAUCAUUGGCCGACAUCUGCCGAUUCUGAUCUACAAUGCGGAGAAGAAGCAGGACCCGGCAGACGCAGCGAUUACAUCUAUUUACUAUGACAAUCCAGAAAAAUGGGAUCUGUAUGAAGGCCGACUGAAGAAGACAGAAGGCGCUGAAGCUAUUCGACUUCGGUGGUAUGGAGGCAUGCGCAACGAAGAAAUAUUCGUCGAGAGAAAGACGCACCGCGAAGACUGGACUGGCGAACAGUCCGUGAAGGCACGUUUUAACAUGAAGGAGAAAAACGUCAACGCGUACCUCCGGGGCGACCUACUUCCAGCUGCUAUGAUCGAAAAAGUCCGCAAAGAGAACAAGAAGACAGAGCAGCAACUUGCAGAACAGGAGAGACUGGCCCAAGAGGUCCAGUAUUCGGUGCUAAAGAAAGGGUAUGUACCGGUGUGUCGAUCCUUUUACAACCGAACGGCGUUCCAACUGCCUGCGGAUGCCCGCGUCCGUAUCUCACUUGACACGGAGCUUACCAUGAUCCGAGAGGACAACUUAGACGGAGUCAAGCGAUGUGGGAACAAUUGGCGCCGGAUGGACAUCGGCAUUGACCACCCUUUCUCCCAGCUACCAGAUAGCGACGUGGUUAGAUUCCCUUAUGCCAUUUUGGAGGUGAAGCUUCAAACUCAACACGGGCAGGAGACGCCGGAAUGGGUUCGACAGUUGAUCUCGAGCCAUUUGGUGGAAGCCGUGCCGAAGUUCUCCAAGUUCAUCCACGGCGUCGCUUCGUUAUUUCCAGAUCGGAUCAACUUGCUACCGUUUUGGAUGCCCCAAAUGGACGUUGACAUCCGCAAACCAAUCACAUACGACUUUGGACUCAAGCGGAGCAAAGAACGCGUGACCACCAGUGGCUCUACGUCCGACGACGAUGACGACCUAGACUCUGAUGACGAGGCAGAAAUGGAUGUUGAUCCGCAUCCCGGCCCUUCAAAUGGUGCGUCGUCGACUGCCGCGGCUGAGGGUCUAGCGACAGCUGAUCUCGAGGAUCAGACGGCCGAAGACGUCGCUGCUGAUGAAGAUUACCCCAUUUAUGAGUCCGACGACGAAGAUGAGUCUGCCGACGCCUUCGAGGAAGCCAGAAGAGUCGGCGGCAUGUCAUAUUACUCGGCAUUGGCGAAGAAAUAUACGAAGACCGCUGGCCAAAGGGCAUGGACUGCUCUACAAGCCAUGUCGCCUCAUCCUCGAGGCUCCUUGGUACCGCUGAGCAAUCGUCAUCAAAUGUUCUUUGGAGGCCAGAACCUUCAACACAUCAAGUUCAAGGCACCCAAGGGAAAGAAAAUUUAUGUGCCGGUUCGAGUCGAGCCAAAGGUGUACUUUGCGGCAGAGAGGACUUUCCUUGGCUGGCUCGAAUUCUCGAUUUACAUCGGUACCAUCGCAGCCACACUGCUUAACUUCGGCGCGAAGCCUAACAUGGUUUCGUUUUUGGCCGCUACCGCCUUUACAGUACUUGCCGUCUGCUCCCUAAUCUACUCUGUUGGCAUUUAUGUAUACCGCUGUGGCGCAAUCCGAGAACGCAGAGUGAUCAAAUACCACGACAGAUUUGGACCGACCGUAUUGUGUGCAGCGCUAUUUGUUGCCGUUGCACUGAACUUUGCUUUUGAGGGACGGGAAAGACAUAUCUGGUAG